AUGGAUGACUUUUCUGUCUAUGGCAGUUCCUUUGUGUCUUGUUUGUCCAACUUGUGCAGGGUUCUCAAGCGCUGCGAGGAGACGAACCUAGUGCUCAAUUGGGAGAAGUGUCACUUUAUGGUCAGGGAAGGGAUCGUCUUGGGACACAAGAUAUCAGAAAAGGGGAUAGAGGUUGAUCAAGCAAAGAUUGAGGUGAUGAGUCAGCUUGCUCCACCAAAGACAGUCAAGGACGUGAGAAGUUUCCUUGGGCACGCUGGUUUCUAUCGGAGAUUUAUCAAGGACUUCUCCAAAAUAGCUCGUCCUUUGACACGCCUCUUGUGCAAGGAGACUGAGUUCCUGUUUGACGAGGAGUGCCUUAAGGCAUUUGAGAUGAUCAAGACUGCCUUGGUCACGGCCCCGAUUGUGCAAGCACCAAACUGGGACUACCCUUUCGAGAUCAUGUGUGACGCUAGUGACUACGCCGUGGGAGCUGUGCUUGGCCAGAGGAUAGACAAAAAGCUCCACGUGAUAUAUUACGCAAGCAGAACCAUGGACGAUGCCCAAGGACGAUACGCAACAACUGAGAAAGAGCUCUUGGCAGUAGUCUUUGCGUUCGAGAAGUUCAGAAGUUAUCUCGUGGGUUCAAAGGUGAUAGUCUACACUGAUCAUGCAGCCUUGAGACAUCUGUUGGCAAAGAAGGACACCAAGCCAAGGCUCCUGAGAUGGAUACUUCUUCUCCAGGAAUUCGAUCUCGAAAUUUUGGAUAAGAAAGGGGUUGAGAACGGAGUUGCGGAUCAUCUCUCGAGGAUGAGAGUAAAUGAACCGGCACCUAUCGACGAUACUCUGCCUGAGGAACAGCUACUCUUGGUGGAAGUCUGGGAAAAGCAUUACGCCAACUACUUGGUGUGUGGAGAAGUGCCAGCCGACCUAUCUCCUUACCAGAAGAAGAAGUUCUUCAGGGACAUCUCACAUUACUUUUGGGACGAACCAUACCUGUUCAAGAGAGGAUCAGAUGGUCUGUUUAGGAGGUGCAUAGCUCAGGAGGAAGUAGAAGGAAUACUCGAGCAUUGUCACGGAUCGAGCUACGGAGGUCACUUUGCGACUUUCAAAACAGCUUCCAAAGUUCUUCAAGCCGGAUUCUGGUGGCCAAGCCUUUUCAAAGACACUCACGACUUCAUUGCAAGGUGUGAUAGAUGCCAACGAGAAGGGAGCAUUUCCAAGCGCAAUGAAAUGCCACAAAACCCGAUACUUGAGGUGGAAGUGUUUGAUGUAUGGGGCAUCGACUUCAUGGGCCCCUUUGAGCCACCUUCUCAUGGGAAUAGAUACAUCCUAGUGGCAGUUGACUAUGUGUCCAAGUGGGUCGAGGCAAUCGCUUCCCCAACGAACGAUGCCAAGGUUGUGCUCAAGCUGUUCAAAAGCAUCAUCUUCCCGAGAUAUGGAGUGCCAAGGGUUGUAAUAAGCGAUGGAGGAAGCCACUUUAUCAACAAAGUCUUCGAGAACUUGUUGAAGAAGUAUGGAGUCAAGCAUAAGGUAGCGACACCAUACCAUCCUCAGACAAGUGGUCAAGUGGAAGUGUCGAACAAGCAGAUAAAGGGGAUCCUCAGGACGAUUGUGGGAGUCACCAAGAAGGACUGGGCAGUUAAGUUGGACGACGCUCUCUGGGCUUACAGGACCGCCUAUAAGACGCCAAUAGGAAGGACACCUUUCUCGCUCCUUUACGGGAAAUCGUGUCACCUUCCGGUGGAGAUUGAGUACAGAGCACUCUGGGCAAUCAAACUGCUCAACUUCGACAUCAGGUCUGCCCAAGAGAAGAGGGGUUUCGACUUACAUGAGUUGGAAGAGAUCAGGCUGGACGCAUAUGAGAGCUCCAAGAUUUACAAAGAACGGACUAAGGCAUUUCACGACAAGAAAAUUGUGCCUAAGGUCUUCAAGGUUGGAGAAUAUGCGCUGCUUUUCAACUCGAGAGCUAAGUUGUUCCCUGGGAAGCUCAAGUCCAAGUGGUCGGGCCCGUUUGAGAUUAAGGACGUCCUUCCUUAUGGAGCUGUCACUUUGCUUAACAACAAUGGCGAGGAGUUCACGGUGAAUGGCCACAAGCUCAAACCGUAUUUGGGCCAACGCAUUCAAGGAGAAGGAGUCUCAACUCCUCUUCCGGACGCUCCCUUAGCCUAA